GCGCGCUUCUCAGCGUAUAGAUAUUAAUUAUAUAACCGAUUAUGUUGUGUUCGUAAACGUCAGUUGCUCACUUCAUAGCAUAGGACUACUAAUCAAGGACAGAAAAAAUGGCUCGAACCAAGCAGACCGCCCGUAAGUCCACCGGAGGAAAGGCACCUCGUAAGCAGUUGGCCACCAAAGCCGCACGCAAGUCAGCACCCCACACGACAGGUGGUGUGAAGAAACCCCAUCGUUAUCGUCCCGGAACGGUCGCACUUCGCGAGAUCCGUCGCUUCCAGAAGUCCACUGAGCUGCUUAUCCGCAAGCUGCCCUUCCAGCGUCUUGUUCGUGAGAUCGCCCAGGAUUUCAAGACUGAUCUUCGUUUCCAGUCUGCUGCCGUUGCUGCGCUACAAGAGGCCGCUGAAGCAUACCUGGUAAACCUUUUCGAGGACACUAAUCUGUGUGCAAUCCACGCUAAGCGUGUCACUAUCAUGCCCAAGGACAUCCAGCUGGCCCGUCGCAUCCGUGGAGAACGUGCUUAAUCCAUCCAAAUCAUAUAUAGCAUGUAUAGCAUCUGACAUGGUUUAUACAACCACGUUAGAUCGUAGACGUACAUCGCGUUUUAUGUACGUAUGAUACAGAUACAUGAUGGAGAAAAGGUAGUAUGUGCGCUCUGCACCGGCAUAGUUGAGUGGAGUUACCGGGCGGUAAACUUUACAACAGCGGCGGCAGAGGGCACUCUCACCACUUUCAUCUGAACUGAAGCAUCACAUCUAUUGCGUGUGCGUACAUAUCUUGCACAAGUAAGCGGUUUGAUGUCGAAUUGAAGUGAUGGUGAUAUACUGACAGACAGGUCCCAAUCAUAUUUCCGCGAUUGAACUGGGGCCUAUAUAAGCUUCUCACUAUCAAGAUGGUGAUGAAGAUGCACUUACACAGCGCUGGGCAAAGUCGUCUCACAGGCAUACGUAUACUCCCACCACCAAUAGCGUGAUAAACCAAAGAAUAUAGGCGUAGUUGGGAUUAGGUUGGACAUAAUGGUACAAUAAGGCCUCAAGUAUGCCCAAUUAUAUGCGUAUACUGGGUUGAUUCAAUGAGACUUUCGCCGGAACUUUAUUAGUGUAACGUAGCACCGGUUGUAAGCUUAAGCUCCUGCAAAACACGCUUGAAUUUAUAUAGACACAAAUAAAUCUGAAUACAUUGUUUUACUUGGGC